AUGCAAGAAAUUGGAUCUCUACACCCGCACGACGGCUGCAUGGCGAUCGCUUUGAUCAUUGCCCUUCGGCUCGUUCUCCCUGUCGCCGUCCUUCUCGCCAUCAUUGCGUCACGCACCCUGCCUCCCUUCCUAUCACUGCCUCCCUGCACCCACAUGGUCGCCCUUUCUCACUCCCCUCCCGUCGCCCUCCCGUCGCCCUCCCGUCGCCCUCCCGUCGCCCUCCCGUCGCCCUCCCGUCGCCCUCCCGUCGCCCUCCCGUCACCCUCCCGUCGCCCUCUCGCCGUCCGCCCUGACGCCCGUCGUCUGUCCCGUCUCUCCCGCGAUUGCACUCGUGGUCACCCUCUCAUCGCCCUCGAGAUCACACUCGCCAGUCGCCUUCUCGUCCACUUCCCGUCCCCUCGCCCUUGCUCUCUCCCCUCCCUUUCCGUCGCCCUUGCUCUCUCCCCUCCCUUUCCGUCGCCCUUGCUCUCUCCCCUCCCUUCCCGUCGCCCUUGCUCUCUCCCCUCCCUUUCCGUCGCACUUGCUCUCUCUCUCCCCUCCCUUCCCGUCGCCCUUGCUCUCUCCCUUCCCGUCGCCCUUGCUCUCUCCCCUCCCUUUCCGUCGCCCUUGCUCUCUCCCCUCCCUUCCCGUCGCACUUGCUCUCUCCCCUCCCUUCCCGUCGCCCUUGCUCUCUCCCCUCCCUUCCCGUCGCCCUUCCUCUCUCCCCUCCCUUCCCGUCGCCCUUGCUCUCUCCCCUCCCUUCCCGUCGCCCUUGCUCUCUCCCCUCCCUUCCCGUCGCCCUUGCUCUCUCCCCGCCCUUCCCGUCGCCCUUGCUCUCUCCCCUCCCUUCCCGUCGCCCUUGCUCUCUCCCCUCCCUUCCCGUCGCCCUUGCUCUCUCCCCGCCCUUCCCGUCGCCCUUGCUCUCUCCCCUCCCUUCCCGUCGCCCUUGCUCUCUCCCCGCCCUUCCCGUCGCCCUUGCUCUCUCCCCGCCCUUCCCGUCGCCCUUGCUCUCUCCCCUCCCUUCCCGUCGCCCUUGCUCUCUCCCUUCCCGUCGCCCUUGCUCUCUCCCCUCCCUUUCCGUCGCCCUUGCUCUCUCCCCUCCCUUUCCGUCGCACUUGCUCUCUCCCCUCCCUUCCCGUCGCCCUUGCUCUCUCCCCUCCCUUCCCGUCGCCCUUCCUCUCUCCCCUCCCUUCCCGUCGCCCUUGCUCUCUCCCCUCCCUUCCCGUCGCCCUUGCUCUCUCCCCGCCCUUCCCGUCGCCCUUGCUCUCUCCCCUCCCUUUCCGUCGCCCUUGCUCUCUCCCCUCCCUUCCCGUCGCCCUUGCUCUCUCCCCUCCCUUUCCGUCGCCCUUGCUCUCUCCCCGCCCUUCCCGUCGCCCUUGCUCUCUCCCCUCCCUUCCCGUCGCCCUUCCUCUCUCCCCUCCCUUCCCGUCGCCCUUGCUCUCUCCCCUCCCUUCCCGUCGCCCUUGCUCUCUCCCCUCCCUUCCCGUCGCCCUUCCUCUCUCCCCUCCCUUCCCGUCGCCCUUGCUCUCUCCCCUCCCUUCCCGUCGCCCUUGCUCUCUCCCCGCCCUUCCCGUCGCCCUUGCUCUCUCCCCUCCCUUUCCGUCGCCCUUGCUCUCUCCCCUCCCUUCCCGUCGCCCUUGCUCUCUCCCCUCCCUUUCCGUCGCCCUUGCUCUCUCCCCUCCCUUCCCGUCGCCCUUGCUCUCUCCCCUCCCUUCCCGUCGCCCUUCCUCUCUCCCCUCCCUUCCCGUCGCCCUUCCUCUCUCCCCUCCCUUCCCGUCGCCCUUGCUCUCUCCCCGCCCUUCCCGCCGCCCCUGA